UCCCGGGAGAGCGAUCGCUCGUCCUCGGGACCCCCUACAGCUGGGCAUCUUGGCGUGGCCACAGCAGAGUUCUGGCCUGUGAUCGUGCAGUCCAGGGGGCUGGAUGGCAUGCUGGACCCAAGCUCAGCUCAGCGUCCGGGCCCAAUAACGGCUUUUCCAAGGGAGCAGCUUUCUGUCCUGGCCACGCUGAGGUGCAUAGCGUAAUGUCCAUGUUGUUCUACACUCUGAUCACAGCGUUACUGAUUGGCAUACAGGCGGAACCACACGCAGACAGCAAUGUCCCAGCAGGCCACGCCCUGCCCCAAGCCCACUGGACUAAACUGCAGCAUUCCCUGGACACAGCCCUCCGCAGAGCCCGCGCAGCCCCUGCCGUGGCCAUAGCCGCACGGGUGGCCGGGCAGACCCGCAACAUCACCGUGGACCCCAGACUUUUUAAGAAACGGCGCCUGCGGUCCCCCCGGGUGCUGUUCAGCACGCAGCCCCCGCUGGCCGCUGUAGACAUUGAGGAGCUGGACCUGGAGGUGGACGUGGGCUCCCCUUCCAACAGGACUCACAGGAGGAAGCGCUCGGCUUCCCACCCCGUCUUCCACAUGGGAGAGUUCUCGGUGUGCGACAGCAUCAGCGUGUGGGUUGGGGACAAGACCACCGCCACGGACAUCAAGGGCAAUGAGGUGAAGGUGCUGGGGGAGGUGAACAUUAACAACAGCGUGUUCAAACAGUACUUUUUCGAGACCAAGUGCCGAGACCCCAAUCCCGUGGAAAGCGGGUGCCGCGGCAUUGAUGCAAAGCACUGGAACUCGUACUGCACCACGACUCACACGUUCGUCAAGGCGCUGACCACGGACGACAAGCAGGCCGCCUGGCGCUUCAUCCGCAUCGACACAGCCUGCGUGUGCGUGCUCAGCAGGAAGGCUUCCCGGAGGGGCUGAGCUGCCCGUGGCCCCCUCCCCCCGCCCCCCACACUCUCCUGGGCCCCCUCCCUACCUCAACCUGUAAAUUAUUUUAAAUUAUAAGGACUGCAUGGUAAUUUAUAGUUUAUACAGUUUUAAAAAAGAAUCAUUAUUUAUUAA